GUGGCUUCGCGGCCGUCCCCGGGUGUCCCGGGCCUGACGCGCGGAGGUGGAGUGACAGCCUGCGGGCGAGUAGUUGUCAGUGUUUGUGCAGGUCGGCCCGUCGUGAACUUCCGAGCGCUGCAGCCGGGGAGCGGGGCCCGAGUGUGGGGCGGAGGCGGCCGGGAGGGACGGCGGACCCCGCCCCCGUCGCCCUGUGCCCGCGUGUGCGCGUCUCCGUCGUGAGUGUGUGUCUCGGUGGUCUGCGCGGCUCUGUAUUUGAGUGUGUCUCUGCUGCGAGUGCGUGUCUGUAUUGCAAUGUCUCUGUCCGUGAGUGUGUGUCUCUGUAUUUCAGUGUCUCUGUCCGUGAGUGUGUGUGUGUCUCCGAGCGAGGGUGCUUGUGAGCCCGCGAGCGUGUGUGCCGUCCGAGGGGUGUGCGUGUGUGCAGGAGUGUGGGCUGUGUUGCUUCUCAGGGGUUGGGAGGUGUGGGCUCUGUCAGCGGUCGUGUUUCCCACUCACCUCAUAUUUUAUAAACGCUACUCAAAAAAAAAAAAAAAAAAAAAAAAGCAGCGGUCGGUUUCUUUAUUUCCCUGCAGGCUUUCGCCGUUUAGGUCGAAAUAACCCAAACAACUGCCUCUGGGUUUCAAGGUCCCCCAGCCUCGGUCGCCAGGAACUCUCCCUGCUGUUUGCUCUGCGAACAGAUACUUUUUUUUUUUUUUUCGAACAGAUACUUUUUUAGAAAAUAGGAAGCAUUUUUAGCUUUUUCCACCCCGCAUCCCACGCCCCCUUUCCUCUAAUUGCCAUGUAGCAGGCAUGAGGUUGAAGGAUAAGCCAGGCCAGCGAGGAUGAUGUGCUACAGUAUUUAUUUACUUAGCAAGGAAGGCUGUAAUCAACCCUAAAUAACAGCCCUCGCGGCGUGCAGAGGGGAGCCUCCUGGCCCUAUCAAAGGCCGGCCGAACGGGGCCGGACUGCGGCUGACAUAAGUCGCAGAUACCGAAACUAUGUGCCUGAUAAUGAUAUAAUUAGGGGAUCAGAGGUUUCUGACUGCUGCGGACUUCAAAAGCUUUGGAAGAAGCCCGCAGUCUCUCCUGUAGCCGUCCGGACUGAAGCAGACAUUUUUGUGUAAUCACCGCAUACAGUAACGAGAAAGGGGGGCAGACAGAAGAGCAUUGUUCCCUGUUUCAAAAUACCAGUCCCCUCCUGGCCCUCCACGUGCCACAGGAAGAAACUUCAUGAAACGGCAGAAAUAGAGUUUUAAUACAGUAACACAAAAGUCCAUUCAACUUGCUCAAAUGUGGCUCCAAUUAAAAAAAAAAGUUGUUAGAGCUUUCCUAGUUACCUGUCAAAAUUUUAUUAGACUGUUUUAGGUCACUGAAAAUACCGUCUUUCAAAUAGGCUCUCGUAAACAUUGAAGCAGCAUUCUCCUUGUAUUCAGCUUUUUUUUCUGCACGGGGUCUGAAGUGACUGGGAUCAAAACUGACUUUUAAUCUGUUUUAUGUCUGCCUUCAAUCUGCAUGUGGAAAUUGUCAGACUUACGGGUCUGCAGUCAUCUCCACUUAAGACCGGUGAGCUUUAUGCGAAGGAGCAAGCAAGCUUGGAAGGAGUAGAGGACUUCUGCAAAGCAGGCUUCUGACUGGAAGGUCCUACUUACUGGGGAAGGGACCUGGGCCCGGACCAGGACAGGAGCAAGACCCCCGGCUUUGCGUGGUGGCGCUCAGGUUGCCGAAGAUCUGUGUGUAGUUGGCUGGUUUUUUAGACCUGAAGCCUUAGCACAUGCUGGUGAGAGCUGAGCGUUCGGUCCGGUGGCCUGGAAUUUGGACGGAUAGUUAAAUGAGACCUCUUACUCAGGCAUUCAUGGGAGGAGGGAGACAGGCGAGGCUGGCAAGAGCACCGGCUUGCACAAAGGGCUUUCCCCGUCCACGUGGACUGCCCUUCGAAGCCCUCAGCUGAAUAUUCUCUAAAGUGAAAUCAGAUGCUACUGCGAUGCCGCCCACUGCGUGGCUACUGGUUAUAUGUGUAAAUCUGAGCUGAGCGCCUGCUUCUCCAGACUUCUUGAUCCUCAGAACACAAAUUCCCCUCUCACGCAUGGCUGCCUGGACUCUCUCGCAAGCACAGCAGAUGUCUGCCAAGCCAGACAGCUCCACAACCACUCUGGCAGCACUGCGCCCACGCUGGAGUGCUGCCACGAGGACAUGUGCAAUUACAGGGGGCUGCAGGACGUCCUUGCCCCUCCCAAGGGGGAGGCCUCAGGACAAGGGAGCGGGUACCAGCAUGAAGGGAGCGGGAACCUCAUCAGCAAAGUGCAGGAGCUGGCGUCCUCCAAAGAGCUGUGGUUCCGGGCCGCAGUGAUUGCCGUUCCCGUCGCGGGGGGGCUGGUCUUAGUGCUGCUGAUUAUGUUGGCCUUGAGGAUGCUGCGGAGUGAGAACAACAGGCUGCAGAGCCAGCGGCAGCAGAUGCUGUCCCGCCUGCACUACAGCUUUCACGGGCACCACUCCAGAAAGGGGCAGGCGGCGAAGCUAGACUUGGAGUGCAUGGUGCCCGCGCGCGGCCAUGAGAACUGCUGUCGGACCUGCGACAGGAUGAGACAGGCUGAUCUCAGCCACGACCGGAUCCUGUCGCUUGUGCACUGGGGCGUGUACAGUGGGCGCGGGAAGCUGGAGCUCGUAUGACGGGGCCUCACGGGACUGGCCUUCUGGGACCCUUUGAGUUCUGCUGGACAGGAGCACUUUAUCUGAAGAAAAACAAACUCGCGUCAUGACCUUCGAGGGAUAGAAUGACCUCUGCAAACAGAAUCUUGGAUAGUUCUUCUGAAGGAUUAUUUGCACAGACUUAAAUACAGUCAAAAUGUAUUAUUUGCUUUAAAAGUAUAAAAAGCAAAGAGAAGACUCUGUACACUGUUACCAGGGUUAUUUGCAUCCACAGGGAGCUGGAAUUGAGUACCUAAAUAAAAGGAAGUGUGCUCUAUGUAAGCUCCCACAUCUUGAUUUAUCACAGAGAUUGAAAUAUAUAUAUAUAUAUAUAUAUAUAUAUAUAUAGUCUGAAAUCUAGCAGUGUCUUGUCAUAAGUUAAAAACUAAGCAGGAAAGGUAAGGAACUACAUGUUAAUUAUACAAAUGAAGACCUAUCAUUGCCCAGAGUAGGAUCUCAACUAUAGAUUUUGGCUUAACUUUUUUAUUUUUAUUGUUUUUUCAAACAAGACCAAGAUCUUGUUUUUUUCUUACAUGGCACGUGUGUCAUUUUCUUACAGUGUGGAGAAUUUCUAAAUGUGUACUGCCCAUCGUUCAGUGUCUUACCCACAAUUUUUUGUUAGGAUAAUGCUGGUUUUUAACUUUCAUCUAAUAGAAAUCAGAAACUUAUUUAUACCAGGUCAGAUAUCACUGAUCAAUUUCUGAAGUUGCCUUAGCAAAGAGUGGUAUUUAUCAACUUGAUCUAGGUGCUCUGGAAUAUGUUUUUAAAUGUGUCUACCUCCAAUCAAAAAAGGAAAAAAAGCUUACUAAAUGAAACUUUUUUUUUGGUAAAGUAGGUCACUGUCUACUUUUACUUCUCAAUUCAUCAGUUUAUUCUGUCUCAAACCUAAUUAAAUAUUUUGGACCUCAAAUUAGCCAAACAUGAUGGUACCAUGUUCCUAGUUUUUAAGCCUUCCUUCCGCACAGUGUUAUUAUUAUUUUUUUACUUCUCAAUCUUUAGAAAGAGUUUCAAGAGUGAACGUUAUAUAUCGAGAUUUAAAUAACAAUUUCCUCCCCAAAUGAGUCUUCUCUUAAUAUAAUCAAAUAGACUUGAUUUUAGCCACUAACACACUAUAUAACAGUGUUUCCACUCCUGGAGGACUUCGGCAAUAUAGCCCAGCCUGAAUUUAAACCCAUGCCACAUUUGUUUACUUUUUCCCCCCAGAUGGGUCUUUGUUAUCUUAAAUGUGAGAAUAAUUUGUAGGUUCUUUUCUCAGUUCUUUUGUAUAUUUGAAACUUUUGCUUAAAAAUUAACCUAUAGCCUGCAUAUUUGAGUACAUGUGGGGUUUUCUUUUACGAAUGUUAAAGGAUUUUUUGCAUUUUUUUCUGGGAUAUUUUAUGAUCAGUAUAAUUUGGGUCCCUUAAGAAGACAGGUGCAGUCGCCCAGUUGAUGGAAGAAUCUGAGUUGAAAUGACUAGUCUAAAAAUGAAUACCUAGGUUAUUUAGUAACUAAUGGACCACAGCCCCAAACAAAUUAGGCUAUGGAAUAAAUAUGCGUUUUAAUAAAUGGCAUUC